CUGAGUUGCUGCCUCAUCACCUCCCACUGCCUCUGACCCACCAUUCGAAAAGCAGACAUGAUGGAAGCGGAUCGCCCAGAGAAGCUUUUUGUUGGGGGCCUCAACCUCAAAACCGAGGAGAAAGCCCUCAAGGCUGAGUUUGUCAAGUAUGGCCGCAUCAUCAACGUUUUCCUGAUGAAAGACCGAGAAACCAACAAAUCGAGGGGCUUUGCAUUCGUCACCUUCGAAAGCCCUGCAGAUGCCAAGGCCGCCGCCAGAGAUCUGAAUGGCAAGUACCUUGAUGGUAAGGCCAUCAAGGUGGCCCGGGCCAUCAAACCAGCAUUCAAGAGCAGCUGGUGGGGGCCGCCGCCCCCCGGCAGCAGCAGUUGCUUGAGGUUCCCACACGGAACCCGUGGGUGUGGCAGCAGCCCACAGCGACCCCACUCCUGGGGCGGGCCUGAUGAUGGCCACGGCUACGCGGGGUAUUUUGACCAGUGGCCCUACAGGGCCCCGAUGCCCAGGAAGCGUGGGCCACCGCCACAGCGCUGGGCCAGCCCACUCCGCAAGAGGGCCGCGCCGUCGAGCCUAGCUCGCAGUGUUGGCAGUGGAAUGCGCGGGAAGGCCCCGGCUGUGUGGGGGCGAGACGGCUACUCAAGCGUGCAGCUGCAGCGCUGGGCCGGCCCAACCCGCAAGAGGGCUGUGCCCCCGUCGAGCCUGGCUCGCAUUGGUGGCGGUGGUAUGCCUGGGAAGGCGCCGGCCAUGUGGGGGCGAGAGGGCUACUCAGGCCCACUGCUCCGGGAGCCACUGCCCCGGUGCCGCGACCCCGGGGAUUUUAUCCCCGCGCUCAGAGAGUACAGCCGCCGCUAUUAUAGCCACUCCAGUGUCCGGGACUACUGUCCCUUGAGAGGCUAUGGCAAGCAAAACAGCUACAGGGGUCGCAACCGUGACUACGUGGAUCAUCCCAGCAGAGGCUCCUACCGAGAGCCCCUCGAGAGCUACGGAGGCCCGUGCGGCGCCACCCCUGGGCGGGGGACACUGCCAUCUUACGGAGGAGGAUACCGCUAUGAGGGGUACCGGGGCCGCUCACCCGACGCGUUGCCCGUCACCUUGCCAGAUGCCUACAGCGGGGGCCGCGACAGUUCCAGCAACGGCCGGAGCGACCGCUAUGGAGGAAGAGGCCACUACGAGGAGUAUGGAGGCCCUUCCCCUGACACCUACAGCGGGGGCCGCUGGCCCAUCCCCUACAGCAGAGGCUGCGACAGUUCCAGCAACAGUUACAGCUGGAGCCACUGCUACAGAGGAGGAGGCCACUACGAGGAGUACCAAGGUCGCUCGCCCGAGGCCACCUACAGCGGGGGCCGCUCGCCCGAGGCCGCCAACAGCGGGGGCCGCUCGCCCGAGGCCGCCUACAGCGGGGGCCGCUCGCCCGAGGCCGCCAACAGCGGGGGCCGCUCGCCCGAGGCCGCCUACAGCGGGGGGCCGGCCGCCUACAGCGGGGGCCGCUCGCCCGAGGCCGCCUACAGCGGGGGCCGCUCGCCCGAGGCCGCCUACAGCGGGGGCCGCUCGCCCGAGGCCGCCUACAGCGGGGGCCGCUCGCCCGAGGCCGCCUACAGCGGGGGCCGCUCGCCCGAGGCCGCCUACAGCGGGGGCCGCUCGCCCGAGGCCGCCUACAGCGGGGGCCGCCACAGUUCCAGCAACACUUACGGCGGGAGCCAAUGCUAUGGAGGCAGAGACCACUACGAGGAGUACCGAGGCUGCUCGCAGGACACCCACAGCGGGGGCCGCUCGCCUGACACCCACAGUGGUGGCCGCUAUCCCAGGGCUCACACUGGGGGCCACUCGUCCAACGCCCACAGCGGGGACCGCUCCACCGAUGCCUGCAGCAGGGGCCACGACAGUUCCAGCAACAGUUACGGCCGGAGCGACCACUACGGAGGAGGAGGCAGCUACGAGGAGUACCGAGGCCACUCGCCCGACACCUACAGCAGGGGCCGCGACAGUUCCAGCAACAGUCAUGGCCGGAGCCACCGCUACGGAGGAGGAGGCCGCUACGAGGAGUACGGAGGCCGCUCACCUGACGCCUACGGUGGGGGCCACGACAGUUCCAUCAACAGCCACGGCCUGAGUGACCGCUACGCAGGAGGAGGCCGCUAUAAGGAGUACCUGGGCAGCUCGCCCGACGCCUACGGUGGGGGCCGCAACAGUUCCAGCAACAGUUACGGCCGGAGCGAUAGCUACUCGAGAGGUCGAGAUCGGGUAGGCAGACCGGAUCUUGGGCUCCCUCUGCCCAUGGAAAGGAGCAGCCCUCCCCUGCAUGAUUCUUACAGCCGGUCGAGCUGCAGGGUGCCCAGGGAUGGAGGCCGUCAAGGAGGCCGCUUGGAGAGAGGGGAAGGCUGGAGCAGAUACUAACUAAGCAGGAACAGACUUGGGACCAAAAAUUCCUUUUCAAAGAAACAAAAAGAACAACCUGUUCUAUAUUAAACUACCCAAGGACUAGUAUAAGAAAGAGUUGUUUUUACCUUUUAAGAAUUUCCUGGUAAGAUCUCCAUUUUUAUGCUUUUGUGAGGAAAAACUUAAAAUUUCUUUAGUUUGAAAUUGUUAAUGUUUCUUUCAACCAGUUCAUGUUAAAAGUGUAAGAUAUGAACCUGAGUCCUAGUCGUCUUCUAUUUACAAGUUGAAAUACGAUUAAUGGCUUCUUUGCUUGUAAAUUUGCCUGAUAAAUGAGGCAAACAGUUCUAAGAUCUUUCAUAAACAUCUGCUCACCUAAAAUGGAAAAAUGGAUCAUUCUGCUCAUUUAAACCAACUAGAUUUUGGGUGGAGAGUGGGAGGGAUUGGUGUAUUUCAGAUUUCAGGGUAUCUUUCUAACUGAAUCUCAGUGUUCCCAGUAUUAAAAACCAAACA